AUGGCGAAAUCCACGGCGCUUUCUCUCCGUGCCGUCCUCGCGUUUGCCGCUGGCGUGUAUUCGCAGAACUGCAUCGGCAGCACCGGAGCUAAGGUCUACGAGGCCGAAAAUGGGGUUCUCAACGGAACCACCGUCGCGACGGAGCAAGCUGGCUUCACAGGCACCGGCUACGUAACUGGCUUCGAGGAUGCCACCGACAAGGUCACCAUCAACCUGGACUGCCAGGGCGAAGGACAGAAGCUAUUCGACCUCAACAUCAGAUACGCUGGUAUCUACGGCGAGAAGCGCACCAAUGUCAUUCUCAAUGGCGGUGCCGCUAGCGAGGUGCUCUUGGCCGCGACCGAGACCUGGGCCAACGUCUCCGCCGGUCAGGUGCUGCUCAACGAGGGCAACAACACGCUUGACAUUGUAACGCACUGGGGAUGGUACCUCAUCGACUCCAUCACGCUCACGCCCACCGAGGCCCGCGGACCUCACAAUGUCAACACGGCUCUCGUCAACGCGAAGUCCAAUGCUGAUGCCAACGCCCUGUACACCUACCUUCGCUCCAUCUAUGGCAAGAACAUCCUCUCCGGUCAGCAGGAACUCAACUACGCGAACUGGGUCAACGAGACCAUCGGCAAGUCACCCGCCCUCGUCAGCGUCGACCUGAUGGACUACUCUCCCAGCCGCGUCGAGCGGGGAACUGUCGGUACUGCCGUCGAGGAGGCCAUCAUCCACCACGAGCGCGGUGGUAUCGUCUCCGUGCUCUGGCACUGGAACGCGCCUACUGGUCUGUACGACACGGAGGAGAACAAGUGGUGGAGCGGUUUCUACACUCGCGCCACCGACUUUGAUGUCUCAACUGCCCUUGCUGACACCACCAACGCCAACUACACCCUCAUUAUCCGCGACAUCGACGCCAUCGCCGUCCAGCUCAAGAAGCUCCAGGAUGCCGGAGUCCCCGUUCUUUGGCGCCCACUUCACGAGGCCGAGGGAGCGUGGUUCUGGUGGGGAGCUAAGGGCCCCGAGGCGUGCAAGAAGCUCUGGGCUCUGGUCUACGACCGUCUCACCAACCAUCAUGAGCUGAACAACCUCGUCUGGAUCUGGAACUCGGUUGCUGCCGACUGGUAUCCCGGCGAUGAUACCGUCGACGUUCUCAGCGCGGACGUCUACGCUCAAGGCCACGGCCCCAUGACGACUCAGUAUAACGACCUCAUCACGCUCGGACAGGACAAGAAGCUCAUCGCGGCUACCGAGGUCGGCAGCGCUCCCUUCCCCGAUCUUCUCCAGGCUUACGAGGCCCACUGGCUGUACUUCUGCGUCUGGAGCGAUGGCUUCAUCAACAACACCGAAUGGAACAGUGUCGAUGACUUGAAGAAAAUCUACGAGAGCGAGUAUGUCCUCACUCUUGACGAGAUUCAGGGAUGGAGAGGUUGA